UGAGACUCCAUAUUCUCUCUCUCCUUCUCCCUUCGUUGUUGUGUCUUAUAUUUUGUUGUCAAAAGUAAACUCGCGACACCCCCAGCUUUUCUGGGACGCGUGGCUCGUUGAAGGAGGAUAUCCGAAAUCGCGUUUCUUUAUUCCACGCAGCGGCUGGCAUUCUAAUUCGCGCCGACAGCGACAUGUCUGCCAGUCUAUACGUUACGCCGUACAAUGGCACCACCGGCGAUGCUGACGCCGGUUAUACCACCGGCGUCACGGAUCUCAACCAGUUUUACGAGAGCGGCGACUUCGCUUGGAUUAUGACCUGCGCUGCCCUCGUCCUUCUUAUGAUUCCCGGCGUCGGCUUCUUCUACUCAGGUCUCGCGCGACGAAAAUCCGCGCUCUCGCUCAUUAUGCUGACGAUGCUGUCCAUCGCCGUCGUCGACUUCCAGUGGUUCUUCUGGGGAUAUAGCUUGGCUUUCUCUCAUACCGGCAGCAGCUUCAUCGGCGAUCUCUCCAACUUCGGCCUCAUGAAGACCCUCGCACAACCUUCCGUCGGGAGUACCAAGAUCCCCGAUCUAUUGUUCUGCUUGUACCAGGGCAUGUUCGCCGCUAUUACACCAGCUCUUGCCAUCGGUGCUGCAGUCGACCGCGCUCGAGUACUACCGUGCAUUGUUUUCAUUUUCAUCUGGGCUACCAUCGUGUAUGAUCCCAUCGCGUAUUGGACGUGGAACGCCAACGGUUGGUCCUUCAAGAUGGGCGGACUAGACUUCGCUGGUGGUACUCCGGUCCACAUCUCGUCUGGCGCAGCCGCCCUCGCGUUUUCCGUCAUGAUCGGCAAGCGGACUGGAUACGCAAAGUCUGCUGGUCUACCCUACCGUCCGCAUAACGUCACUCACAUCGUCCUCGGUACCGUUUUCCUCUGGGUCGGUUGGUUUGGCUUCAACGGCGGCUCUGCCCUCGCUGCUAAUAUGCGCGCCGUCAUGGCUUGCAUUGUCACGCACCUCGCCGCGUCCGUCGGAGGUAUCACAUGGACCCUUCUCGACUACCGCCUUGAGAAGAAGUGGACAGUCGUUGGGUUCUGUUCUGGUGCGAUCGCCGGUCUCGUAGCGAUUACCCCCGCUGCCGGUUACGUUACCCCCUGGGCCGCUGUCGUCUUCGGUAUCGUAGGAGGUAUCGGCUGCAACUUUGCUACUAAGCUUAAGUUUAUCAUGGGCGUUGAUGAGGCGCUUGAUAUCUUUGCUGUGCACGGAAUCGGUGGUAUAAUAGGCAACCUUCUAACCGGCAUUUUUGCAGCUGACUACAUAGCGGCCCUUGACGGUUUUAGCGAAAUCCCCGGCGGAUGGAUCAACCACAACUAUAUACAGCUGGGAUACCAGAUCGCGGACUGCGUGGCGGGUUUCUCCUACUCGUUUGUGCUAACAUGUGUGAUCCUCUUCUUGCUGAACAUCAUCCCAGGCCUGAGCCUUCGCGUUUCGGCCGAGAAUGAAGAGAUUGGCAUUGAUGAUGACCAGUUGGGCGAGUUCGCAUACGACUACGUCGAACUGCAACGCCAUACCAGCGACGUCCUCCCAGGCUCAGCUGAAGUUUCGAUCCCCCACAUGGGUCGCGCAGGUUCCUCUAAAAGCAGCGAGGGACCGGAGAAAAUGGUUUAGAGAGAAGAAUAUUUAAUCUUGUGUUAAUUCGAAAAGGUGGCAGGUGAACAUAUUUUCAUUUGUCUGGCCUGUACAUUUACUGGAGUAGUCUCUGAGGAAAUUCUUACAGAGAGAUGGUCGCUGCAUCCAAGUACAUUACAUAGCAAAUAUCUUAGUUGCUUUUUCAGUUUACUACCUACUUAGGUAAGGUAGUUGUCUACCUCCUAUCUAGGGUUACCUUAGAUACCUCUUAUAUAUACCCGAUUCUACGCUAUUAA